GUCACCUGCAAAGAGACCAACGUGGGCGACACCGUCUGGGUGGUGGGAUCAGUGCCUGAGCUUGGCAGUUGGGAGGUGAAGGAAGGCCUCCAGUUGGAGACGACGGCUGACAGCUUUCCGCUUUGGAAGUCGCCUCAAGUGCCUAUCAUUCCUGGGAAGAUCCAAUUCAAGAUCGUCAUCCUUUCAGAAAAUGGCAAUGCGCGCUGGGAAGGCACCAAGAACAAGGCAGACCUUCGAGAGCAAAAGGACCCAGGUGACGACAUGCUGUGCGCCACCAUGAAGAUGACCGAGAAGGACCUCGAAGCCGCCGGCGUGAAGCUGAGCAAGGCCCAGAUGGACCCUGCGCCGGAGCCGGCUGCGCCGGAGCCCGCGCCGGCCACGCCGGACACGGCGGUGCCGCCGGAGACGGAGCAGGGUGAAGGCUACCCGGCUGAGGUCCCUGAAAGGACGGUGCCCUUGAAGACUGAGGACGGCCCUCCCAUGCAGAAGUCUCAGUCGCGGCACUUGUUUCGUUUGUCGGAUGGCUCCAUGCAGAUGGAUAUGACCAAGACGCCCUCGUUGAUGAUGAUGGACCUAAACAGUUUCAUGGAAGAAGCCGAAGCGGAGGAAAAGCAUGUGAACGAGCUGGAGGAACGUGAGCGCUUGAAUCAGCAGCAGAGGCCACCGGCGGCCACCGGGUUUUUCGGGUUCCGGCUGGGUGACCUCAAGGGUUUCCGUGGCUCAGGCGAUUGGCGAGUGGAGAUGAAGAACAUCACAGAUGCGGCAGAUGCCUCUGACACGGUGCUCCUGCAAGGUGGCUUAUCCCAGCGGCUGGAGAACUCUGCAAUGGUCUUGAAGUCAUGUUACCAGUUGACUGCAGGCUUCAACUGGGAAAGCCAUCAAGCUGGCAAGGGCAAUUGGUACGGCAUCGUGGAAUCCAAGGUGGAGAUGUUUGCCGACAUGGGCAUCACCGACAUUUGGCUGCCGCCCUGUUCGCAGUCCGUGGCGCCCCAGGGCUAUUUGCCUUCGCAGCUCUUCAACUUGGAUGCUUCGGCCUACGGCAAGAAGGACCAGCUAAAGCAGCUGCUGGCUGCGAUGCGACAGAAGGGCAUCCGGGGUAUGGCGGACAUCGUGAUCAAUCAUCGAUGUGGAGACCAGCAGGAGUUCGAUCUCACCGACUUGCGACACCAGGAUGAACAGGGUCGCUGGAACGUCUUCACCACCACGGGCAUUGAGAGUCGCAAGAGUUUCGCGGGGGUGAUGGAUUGGCAAGGCUGGGCCAUCACUUUGGGAGACAAAUUCUCCGAUGGCACUGGUGAACGAGGUCCUGGCCAGUACGAUGACAAGUUUGAUGCUGCGCCGGAUAUUGACCACGGGAACAAGAAGGUGCAGCAAAGCAUUGCCAUUUGGAUGCGCUGGCUUCGUCUGGACGUCGGCUUUGACGCCUGGAGGUUUGAUUUUGUCAAAGGUUAUGGCGCGGAGUAUGUGGGCCUUUACUGCAAGAAGAGCCACCCCAGCUGGGCUGUGGGCGAGUUGUGGCUGGACAUGAGGUACGACGAUUCAGGUUUGUGCUAUGACCAAAACGAGCACAGGCAAAACACCAUCAAUUGGAUCAAUGCCACGGACAAAGAGAGCGCUGCCUUUGACUUCACCACCAAGGGCAUUCUUCAGGAGGCGUGCCGUAACACGCAGUACUGGCGCCUGAAGGAUAGCGAAGGGAAACCUCCAGGCGAGGCCGUGAAACCGUGGCUUCCCUGGGUGAAAGGCCUGUUGGGCUGGAUGCCAACCCAAGCUGUCACUUUCCUGGACAACCACGACACGGGCAGCACGCAAGCGCACUGGUGUGGCAGCCCGGGCUAUCCGGAUGGGCCCUUUCCCGGAGACAAGGUCCUGGUGGGCUACGCGUACCUCCUGACCCAUCCAGGCAUUCCCAGCAUCUUCUGGGACCAUGUCUGCGACUGGGGCGACGACUGCCGGGAGCGUAUCAAGGUGUUGCUGAAGCUACGCCAAAAGGCGGAGAUCAAGGUUGAUGCAAAGGUGAAGAUCCUUUGUGCUGAUGCGGACCUGUACAUCGCUGAGAUCGGUGAGCCAGCGGCGUUGCGGGUGGCCCUGGGCCCGCGGUCUAGCGACGCGGAUGGCGCUUGGCAGAUGGGCGCCAAUGGCAACGACUACAAGGUCUGGAUCAGUAAGAGCAAGACUUCCUGA